UUUAACAGCAUCCAAGUGAACAGAAGCUCAUCAUGAAUGGAGGAGCGGGUACAGCUCCUCAACCUCAUUGUCCCAACGUAAGAAUCCACUUAGGCGCCCGGCAGUAAUCAAUUUAGCCGCGGAUUCGCGAGAAUAAAAGAUGAAUGCGAUCUGUAAUCCGCAGAACCCACUCCGCCGCAGGAUCGGUAACGGCACUCCAAGCGAGGCUCGAGCUGGAAUUAAAGUGCUUAAUUAAAAGGCCACUGAUCAGUGUGCUAUUUAUAGGCGCGCGGUGGGGAGACUCUCCUGGGUUAUUUCUGUUUUAGCGAGACGAAAGAAAAAAACAUCUUUCGCUCGUUUCAUAAACACGAGCGUCAUACACGGAGGCUGCCCUUCUGCUCACCGUUUGUCUAUUUAAGACGGGCCCUGUCAGAGCUGCGCUGCUGUCUUGUCUUAUCUUUUUUUGAGGACUGGGAGACGUGCCUGGUUUCUCAAUCUCGCGCUGACAUUGCGCAUGCGUGAUCCGGCCGCGGCGCUGAGAUGCAGCUGUGGGAUGCGGAGAGGGGAGUCCCGACUCUGCGUGGUCGAUGUUAACCUCUUUCUGGGGCCGAACAAACGCUACGGGUGGUCUGUUCCCUGGAGACCGCCUUGAGGAGGGAGGAGAGAGAGCGGGGGAGAGGAAAGAGGAGGCGGGUGCUGUCUGCUCUCGUUACAACAGUCACCAACCUGUGGAUGGUGGCGGCGCGUGCUGCGGAUUAGAUACAGUCUCGCGCUGGGGUCAGUGUGCGCGAGCCCGUCUCUUGCCGCCAGGACCGCAAACAACAAGUGCAGGACAUGCGGUGCUUGUGAAGAGCAGCUCUGGCUGUAUGAAUGGCCCUGCUAUGGACGAAGUUCCGUUUCCCAGAGUCCGCACGCGGCGGAGGAAAAGUCGCUGCCUGGCCGGUGCGUGCGAGCGCGAGUUUGACUGCAAGGAUCUUGAGACUCUCUUCCAGAAGUACAACCUGAAGCUCGAGCAGACCGCCACGCUUAAAGCGCUGGCCAUCCUCAUCCUCGCCGCGUCCGCGUUGGCGCUCGUGGAGCUGCUGUCCGCCGGCUCGCGCUUCACCGUGUCCAAGGGCUCGCACCCGGUCCACUGCGUCAUCUUCACCUCGCUCUUCAUCGUCACCAACGUUAAAUAUCUGCAGGUCACACAGCUGCAGCAGAUCGCGCGGCUCGCGCUGCUCUUCAGCUUCACGUUCGCGUUGCUCUGUUGCCCGUUUCCUCUCGUGCUGGGUCACGGCACGCAGGGCGCGCAGGGGGCUGAAGCACCGAGCACAACACCUGAGCAGGGUGUCUGGCAGCUGAUGCUGGUUAUUUUCGUUGCCUACUCUCUGCUACCGGUCAGGACGCUCUUGGCGGUUUUGUUUGGCAUAUUGGUGGCUGCGUCGCAUUUCAUCUUGACGGCGACAUCUGUAACGGCGCGUAAUCCUCGCGUGUGGACACCGCUGGUAGCAAAUGCAGUGUUGCUGGUCGGCGUGAAUCUGUCGGGUGUGUUUGUUCGAGUCCUUACUGAGCGCGCCCAGAGGAAGGCCUUCCUACAGGCCAGAAACUGCAUCCAACAGCGCCUGCAACUAGAGGACGAGAACGAGAAACAGGAACGCCUUCUAAUGAGCCUGCUGCCCAGAAAUGUUGCCAUGGAGAUGAAGGAGGACUUCCUGAAGCCACCAGAAAGAAUCUUCCAUAAGAUAUACAUCCAACGACAUGACAAUGUCAGCAUCCUGUUUGCAGACAUUGUGGGCUUCACCAGUCUAGCUUCACAAUGCACGGCCCAGGAGCUGGUCAAACUGCUGAACGAGCUCUUUGGGAAGUUUGAUGAACUCGCUACUGAAAACCACUGCAGGAGGAUUAAGAUCUUAGGAGACUGUUAUUACUGUGUGUCCGGCCUGACCCAGCCCAAAGCGGACCAUGCUCACUGCUGUGUGGAGAUGGGUCUGGACAUGAUUGACACCAUCACGUCUGUUGUAGAGGCUACUGAGGUGGACCUGAACAUGCGUGUGGGUUUGCACACCGGCCGUGUGCUGUGUGGGGUUCUCGGGCUCCGCAAGUGGCAGUAUGACGUCUGGUCCAAUGACGUGACACUGGCCAACAUGAUGGAGGCAGGAGGACUGCCUGGGAAGGUUCAUAUCACCAGAGCAACACUGGAAUGUCUUAAUGGAGAUUAUGAGGUGGAGCCAGGAUUCGGCCAUGAGAGACACUCUUUCCUCAGUAAACACGCCAUCGAGACGUUCUUCAUCGUGCCAUCACACAGACGCAAGAUUCUUCCAGGGCUGAUCCUAUCAGACAUAAAGCCAGCGAAAAGGAUGAAGUUCAAGACCGUGUGUUACCUGCUGGUGCAGCUCAUGCACUGCAGAAAGAUGUUCAAGGCUGAGAUCCCUUUCUCCAACGUCAUGACCUGUGAGGAUGAUGACAAGAGACGAGCGCUGCGAACAGCUUCUGAGAAGCUGAGAAAUCGGACAUCAUUUUCGGCGGGCAUGGUGCAGAACUCUCCCGGGACCAGAGUGAACCGUUACAUCGGCCGUCUGAUAGAAGCACGACAGACGGAGUCUGAGACAGCAGACCUCAACUACAUUACCCUCACAUACAGGAGCAGAGAGAGAGAGCAGAGAUAUCAGCAAGUGUAUGACGAUGCCUUCAUCAGUGCGGUGGUUAUCUCGCUUGUCCUCACUUCAUUUUUUGCAGUGGUCUAUUUCCUCAUCUUUCCUCAAGGUCUUCUGGUUGUGAUUCUGCUGGUUCUCUGUUUAUGUUUCCACAUGGCAAGUGUGAUGUACCUUCACAUCACUCAUGUGCAGUGCUCUCCUGACUGUCUGACCCUGCAGAUCAGAAUGGUCCUGUGCGGGUUUCUGGUGCUGCUGAUGUACUCCGUGACCCAGGGGUGUGUGGUGGAAUGUGUUCCGUGGUCACUGGAGGGGAAUUCUAAUGUCUCCAUGGUGACAGUCGUCACAGUCAACAGGACCGGCGUGGGCUCCGGGGUGUGCAAAUACACUCCGUAUGUAUUUUUAUCAUGUGUGAUGGCGUCGCUCUCUGUGGCUCUGUACCUCCGUGUGUCAUCACUACCCAAGAUCCUCCUGCUUCUCCUUCUCAACAUCCUCCACACUGUCGUCAUGGAGACCAGCGGCUACCGGAAGGCCAUAGGAGGUGGAUUCUUUCACACACAUGGCUAUGACCCGGUUCUGGCAAUGCUGUUGUUUUCUGGAGCUCUAGUGCUUCACUGCAGACAACUGGACCUCAAACUCAGACUGGACUACCUCUGGGCCACCCAGGUGAGUGCACAUGCUGAGGAGGACAGAGAUGACAUGGAGAGAGUGAAGUUGGACAAUAAAAGGAUUCUCUUUAACCUUCUGCCUGCACAUGUAGCUCAACACUUUCUGCUGUCCAACCCGCGAAACAUGGACCUGUAUUAUCAGUCUUACUCUCAGGUGGGUGUCCUGUUCGCCUCCAUCCCCAACUUUAAUGACUUCUACAUUGAGCUGGAUGGAAACAACAUGGGUGUGGAAUGCCUCCGGCUGCUAAACGAGAUCAUUGCCGACUUUGAUGCGCUGAUGGAUAAGGAAUGCUACAGAGACAUUGAGAAGAUCAAAACGAUUGGCAGUACAUACAUGGCUGCGGUCGGACUCGUCCCCACUGCAGGAUCCAAGGUAAAGAAGUCCAUUUCUGUGCAACUGUGCACAGUGGCUGAUUUCGCCAUUGAGAUGUUUGACGUACUGGAUGCGAUCAACUACCAGUCCUACAAUGACUUUGUGCUUCGAGUUGGAAUCAACGUGGGACCAGUGGUUGCCGGCGUAAUCGGGGCUCGCAGGCCUCAGUAUGACAUCUGGGGAAACACAGUCAAUGUCGCCAGCAGAAUGGACAGCACUGGCAUUCAGGGAAAAAUACAGGUUACUGAGGAAGUCUUCCGCCUACUCUCUGGUUAUUAUCACUUCCAGUGUCGUGGCCAGGUCAGCGUGAAGGGCAAAGGUCAAAUGCUCACCUACUUUCUGGAGGGCCGAACCGCGCAAGCUGGGCAGCACAUGCGACCCAAGAGCCCCAAGCGUGGGUCAAGCCCCUGCAUCCGGACCAAACUGGGAUCAGCGCCUGCUGUCAGCAGCUACGGGGUGAAAAGUCACACCAUAGCGCAUGUUAGCACCCCAAACAACAGCAUUAUGUACCUGCCCUCCGUUUCCGUCGACAUGGAGAUGGAGGUGUGAUCGCCAAGAAGACUGGUUCUAUGGGGUGUCAAUCGAUGCAUUAGUACAUCAGAGGCAGGGAGGGAAACCGAGCACAAGGUAGGAAGUAAGAUGAAAAACUGAGGAGAGAAACAUUCAAACGUGCCAAACCGAGAAAGGCCCUCUCCCCUUCAUGCAAGUACAUAAUAAGCAUGUAUGUCUUUCCGUGUGCGUAUGCGUGUAUUUUAUUGAGUCUUCCCCGACCAACAGGAUAUCAGGGUCUCCUCAACGGGAGCAUGCGAUCUACUGCAAAAGGCAGCUUCACACCAGCCGAGGAGACACAUACCCAGUGUGUGUCUGUGUGCAUGUGUUAUCUUGCAUCUGAAAAUGUCAAGAGAUGCCACGGCGAUUCAUAUUUUGAGUGGCGAGGACCUAACAUUUUGUUUAUGACAGCGCUGUAUUUUGUACGAGACAGUUUCUGAGACGACAGAACACGUGUUGGGUUUUUCCUACAAAGACAAAGGAAAAGAUGGUUCCUCAUAUUGAGAUAUGCUUUGAAGAAAUUGUUUACAUGAAGAACACGUCACGGGUUUACAGAUGUUAGCAAAGUGAUUCCCAGCUCUACAGUUUUCAGGCACUCGUCUGUGUAUGCAGAGAGAAAGAUGUAGAAAUUCUAAACAACCGUAGUGAAUCAGAGACUGCAGUGAUUUACUAGUGAAUGCUAACACUAUCCUGUUUUGUAAUCAUUUACAGAAAGUCGGUCGGGUGUGUGACGUGGGUAAAUGUUUAACUUUGCGUGGGUUGGAUCAGCACAGUUUUCCUGUAUGUGAUGUUUGUACGCACUUGGUGCUUGGACAAAACAUCUGUAUGCACUUGCUGCUGCCCUUUGCUCUCUGGGAAAUCCUUUCCAGGAAUAACAUGACAGCCGUUCCCAUUGCGUUAAAUAAGCGCAAAGGACAUGAACUAUCGAUACAAUCGAGAGGUCAGCACAAUCGAGGCUGUCACUGAUAAUACUAUUCACAAAAAGCAACCAAAUUGGCUUCCAGUGUGUGAUCAAAUUGCUUGACAUACAUUUAUUCCACAUAUAUUUGGUCUGUGGUUUUUCUAAGUGGCACUUCGCUUUCAGAUUCUCCUAUCAACAGUAGCAUCUCUCACUGUGCUUGCGGAAUGAUCUUUACCAGCGGUUGAACAUGCAUGAUAUUUUAGUGCUGGAUGUGUCAUGUGCAGUCUAGAUCUUAGGUUAAACAUCGGGAUUUUAGUGCAUCUGUUUCAGAGCAUGCAAACAUCUCAAAUCUGCUCUCAGUUGGGAAAGCCUCACAAGCCUCAUUUCAGAAUGAUCUUUUGAUUUUCUUUAUGUACUAUUACUGUAUCUUUGAUAGAUUUCCCAUGAUGCCUAGCUAAUGAAGUUUGGCUUCACGCAUGCCAUUCUGCAUGUCCCUCUCAGCAUGCUGUAAUUCUGUCACGUCGCUCUAUUUGAUAACUGAUUUGUGUCUCUAAUGCAUGCCUACUGCAAAAAGAAAACCAAGUGUUGAAGAUAUGUUGCCAGACAUGCUUUAGUAGCACAGCAUGAAGCCCAGAAUAAAGGCCUCGAUGAACCGAAACAUCUUUUUUUUUUUCAUCCUUUGGCGUAUCUGCUUACCUGGUCCAUGUGUGGUGCUGUGGGGAAAGCUUUCUGGGAGUUUUGUAGCAUUGGCGCCUUGUCAAGCUCUUGAAGUGACUGCCUUUUUAUCCAGGGUCUGUUAGAGAAAGUGUAUCUUUUGGAAAAUCUGCCAAAACAUACGGUUACCAACAUAUCAAACUGUGUUCUUUUAUAGCGCAACUCUGCGACAUUGUGUGCAUUCGGUUCCAUUUCGAACUUUACUUUAAUAUGGACUGAUUGAACCACAUGGGGCUCAAUACUGACUCGCAAAUGGGCUAUUCCUUUUUUAUUUUUCAACGUUUAAUUAAGCUACGUUUUCAGGAAUGAUCUCUCUGAUUAUAUAUAUUGUUUCGCUGCAUUAGGCUUCAUUUAACAUACACGGAAUUUCACAUAUUUAUUAACGUAAAGUAAGGAGCUGUUCAUUCGAGUUUCAUCUAUGUACAUUUUUGGUUUUUAUGAUAUGAAUGCCAAAUGCCAAAAUGCUUAUCGUAUCACUGAAUAUUUCAGAUUUUAUGAUCCAACAAAUGUAGCCAAACAGCUAAAUGGUUCUAUUUGAUAUGGCUUAAUAUAAUCUAUUUUGACUACAGUGGCCUAACUUACUGCUGUUAUGAACAUUAAUAAUAUAUUAACUAAUAAUGCAUAAAGUGUGCACAGUAAAAUCAUAGAAUAGAUUUUCAUGUCGAUUAGAUAUUUUCAUAUUUGAUACGGGUCAAAAUUAUUGUACGUAUUAAAUAUAUUGUAGAGUAAACUAAAAGAGUAUUUUAUUGAUGAUUUGUAAUAUCUGUGCUCUUUUUGGGGUUCUAAUGUAUUUAUUGCGAUGGUUCUAUGUGAAUGUAAAUUUCAUAUUGAGAUCUUUUAUACUUGUGUUUGCACUGUUCAGGAAUAAAAUAACAAUAAGAGACGACGUGGGGCUUCUGCGUGCUGUUUGCAAUGGUUGUGCUGUCGUAGACGUGGCCUUGACAUUGAAUAAGGAGACGUCAAUCUAUGAACUGAUUGUGAGAGUGAAUGACCU